AUGAACAUAACCAUGAUGGGGUUGGCGUCUACAUCAAUGUUGCUGAUAUUCUACUUUAGGUAUCAAAUGAUUUGCAAGUAAGUAAUUUACUAUCUGCUCGUGAGGUAUAAGGUACAAUAGACAAGGGGUUACCUUGUAUAUAAAGACAACUAUAUCAAGGCUUUUGAAAUAAUAUUUGUGGUUUUAUAUAUGAUAGUUUAGGCACCAUACGAUGACAGUAAUGGAAAUAGUAAACUUUAUGUCUUUUGCCAGUAUUUGGGCUUUAUGGGACGCUUUGUGUGCUCUGUAUGGUGCUUUCGAGACCAGAGCUUCUGACCCUACAAUAGAACGUUUGUUUGUUGGACAUUCAGAUUGGUAUGAAAACGGAAAACCUCUGGUUGCUCCUAUAGUUUACAAAGUAGGUUAUAUUCUUUAUUUUCGUUGAUUAAUUGUAAAAUACGAUUGAGUAUGUUUUGUGCAGUUUUAAACACAACCUGAUGUUCAUGGUCAAGAGUUUUAUUAUUAUACUUUGAACUUUUAAAAUAAUUUUACUGUUUAGAAAUCAGUUGGCUGUUUGAUGUUGACUGGUUUUGGGACAGUGUUAGUCUUUGGCAGUUACUUGGGAGCUUUGGUUUUUGGUCGAAAAGUUUAUGUCCAUCUUUCUACGCAUCAACAUAUCAUAUCAGGAAGGACGAGAAAGUUACAGAAUAGUAUUACCAAAGUCAUGAUAGUACAGGUAAGCUUCUUAAACUUUAAAAAUCAUUUAUUAUUUGGUCUUGUUUAAGAAAAACAUUUUAUGAUAUAUUGCUUUAGGCGCUGAUACCAUUUUUCAAUUGUUCGGUACCAAUUGGAAUGGUAUUUAUAGCCUUCUUACGGAGUAAUGAUGCUCCUUUAACAUGGUUUUUACUCGGUAAUUUGACUAGUUGGAUACCUGUACUAAACUCAACCAGUACCAUUUUGUUAGUGGGGCCAUUCAGACGGAAAGUGUUUAACUACUACUUUAGACCGUUUAAUGGUAAUAAGACGUCUGACAUUUACAAAACGAGUGUUACUGCUCCAAGAUGACGUUACUUACCUCUAGUUAUUGAUAUCUGAUUUUGUGAUAAACAUUGGCCCUUUUUAAUGUUAAUAAUUUACAUUUGUUGUGAGCAAAUAGUGCUGUUUGAUAUUGCAUUUGUGAACUCUUACGUGCCUAUCUUAGUAUUAAUAGCUUAUUAAUGGGUUAUUGUGAACAGAAUAUUUAAAUAUAUAAUAAGUAAUUGAAAACAAACGUGGUUUACUAUGUAGAAAUUAGAAAACAAGGAACUUAUCUUACAAUAUUUGUUACCUAUUGUUACAAUCUAGGUACAAAAACAGUUUGUUGUAACUAAAAUUGAAUAUAUUGUUUAAGAUACGUAAAGAAAAUAGGAUAACAUAAAAUAUAUGUAUACACUAUCUUUUUACAUCAAAUUAAUGUGGCUACCCUUAGAAAAUUUAAAAUUUAUGACAUAUAAGUAGAUAUAUUAUUUUAUGUUGAAGCUACAAUGACUACUCUAAUAUAAUAGUAAUGAGAUUCAAUAAAAAUGAAAAAAGUUAGACAUUUACAAUUGUAUUGUCUUUACAAUUACAAUACAGGUUAUUGGAGUCAAUAAGAUACGAAAUUACUUUGUAAAAGAGGUGGUAACUCCUAGGUAUAUCACAACUUUACUACGUGAGUUGACAAAGUCUGCUUACUAUAUGUUUAUUAUUUGUUACGACUUUUAUUUUUCUUGUGCAUAAAUUUUGAUUUUCAAGUUUGAGUAUACGGUAAUGUACAACUACUACUUCCACGUGACCAACAGUACAGUGUGCGCUGUGAUUUCAAUGGUAGCCAACAUAACUUUGUUGAUAAUAUCGCUGAGGGAGAUAAAUACUAUUUUGAGAGGAUAUCGUCGUAUGAUAGUUACAGUAUGCAUCAAUGAUCUCAUGUUCACCUUCUUCAUGUUUAUAUCUCAACAAGAAGCCAAGUAUAUACGAGACUCAAGGGUAUGCCUUCUUCGUCACUUUUACACCGUUGAGACAUCUAGGCUUAAACUGGCUCUACUUUCUGAGUGUAAUGAACAUAACCAUGAUGGGAUUGGCUUCUACAUCUAUGUUGCUGAUAUUCUACUUUCGGUAUCAGAUGAUUUGCAAGUAGGUAUAAACUUUGAAAUAAUUUUGGUUUUAAAGUAUUUUCGAAUGUUUUUGCUUAUCCUAAGCGAAACAUAGAUAUUAUUUAUACGUAUGUUUAUGUAGAUUACUGUGCAUUUCAGAAACCACACAAUGACAGUUUUAGAAAUUGUAAAGUUCAUGACAUUGGCUGGUCUCUGGGCUUUAUUUAAUGCGUUAUGUACUCUGUAUGGUGCUAUCGAGACAAAGGCAGACGAACCUUUGAUACUAGAACGUCUUUUUGUAGGUCAUCCAGAAUGGUAUGAAGAUGGAAAACCAUUGGCAGCUCCUGUAAUUAAUACUGUAAGGUUAUAUAGGUGGUAUCUUGUCUCGCUGGUUCAAACAAGAUUCAGAUUUUAAAAUAGUCUUUAGUAACUAUAUUUUGAGCUUUACACUGUAAAUUAUCGCAUUAUCUUCAGAAAUCAUUCGGAUGUUUGAUAUUAUUGGGAUGUGGCUCAGUUUUGGUAUUUGGCAGUUACUUGGGGGCUCUAGUUUUUGGUCGAAAAGUUUAUGUCCAUCUAUCGACGCAUCAACAUGUCGUAUCUGGAAAGACAAGGAAGCUACAAGAUAGUAUUACUAAGGUUAUGGUGGUACAGGCGAGAACUUACAACUAUCAGUUUAAAAUUUUUCGCAUAUUUUGAAAUUUGACUUUAAUUACUUAGCGCAGUAUAUAUCGUAUAAUAAUCUUAACAUUUUAUAAAAUUUCUUGGUAUAAUGUUUCUUGUACAUAAAGUGUAUAUUAUAGUGUUUAUGAUUUUGAAGCUUUUAGGCAUUGAUACCGUUCUUUAACUGUUCCGUGCUAAUUGGAUUGGCAUUUAUAGCCUUGUUACGUAAUGAUGGAGGUUCCGUUACCUGGUUUCUUUUGGGUAAUCUGACAAGUUGGAUACCUGUACUAAACUCCACUAGUACCAUACUGUUAGUAGGACCCUUUAGACGAAGGGUGUUUAAAUACUUUGUGAAGCCGGUUGAGAAAGUGUCAGAUGUUUACUAUGUAUCUACUUCUGCACAUAGAAAAAGCGUUGUGUAAUAUUUUAUAUAUUUACUAUUGUAAAAUUACGGCUCAUGAAAUUUAAAUUUUUGAAAUAAAUGAGUUAGAAUUAAGGGUUUUAAUGUUGUAAAAGAGUAUAUCUUAUGAAAAAAUUUUGUUUUUGCUUAAUAUCCAUUAACGUAUUCUAUUAACAUUGCGACAUUACUGCAUCCCAUCGCAACUACAGAUAUGUUUGUCUCUACUAUAAUAUCAUCAUGUCUCAAAGCCGUCAGAAAUGGCGCCAACACCGAAAUCCAGUCGAUAAAAGUGUAUUGUAAUUGGAUUUACAUUAGCCUUCCGCGACAUUCAGGUUCUGUUUGCGGGAAAAGUUCGAUGACCUGAAUCGCUCCAUCUCCUCCAGAAGCCAAAAACAUGUUCGAGAAUUUGAAUUUCUUGAAGGCGGGCACAGCGUUCGCUGAUAAUCAUCGCAAAUCAGUCGAAUGCAAAUUAGCUGAGGAGGCACGGUAAGGGCUGUCAGUGUGACGUGUUGUUUAUGGUAUAUUAUCCUUGCUUUCUUCCUGGUUUAUAUCAUUUUUUCAUUUUUAUGUUGCUUUUUUGCCUUUUAAAGCUUUGUUUUAUUUUUUAUGAUAACUAUUUUAUUUAUAGCAUCAUAUUUUAGGUAAUAAACUACAAAGAUCAUCCUAAGAACCAAAGUUUUCCCAUGAAAACCAAAAAGACCACCCAUGAUGACAACUUAUGUAAGUUCGUAUAAUAAUAUAAUUUUAUAGUAUCACACAUUUGAACUUAUAGUAUCAUAUUAAACUACAAAAUUGAUAGGUCCAAGUUCAUGAAUUAAAAAUACAUUCAGCUGAUCUUAAAUACCACACGACCUUUGUCCACCUUUUUGUCACCUUUAUGUCUUUGUUCUUGGUUGGUACAUUUACUACGGUCCGUUACAUUGUAAACGAUGUAAGCGACAUGACAAUGUACCUGGAGAACGACAUGAAAGAUAUCGCGGUAAGAAAUCAAAAUAAUUUGGAAUUUGUUUUUAAAAUGACGUCAUUCCGAAGUAAUUGAUUCCAGAGUUCAAUGAAUCAUCUAUCAGAACAGAUGAAGGAACAAGCACAAGGAAUGAGAGGACAUAUCAUAACACGAAGAGCUGUGUACAAGUCGUUGAAGGAGGCUCACGACAACUACUACAAGAAGAACAACAAGAGGCUGAAGAAGAAGACUGCCGGUGGGUUGAGUCAUACCUUUAGCAACUUAUUCUCAUAUCGUACCAUCAACUUGUCACUUUUACAAUUAUAUUGUUUUAGCCAGAGCCGCUCCAACCCAAUUCUUCCUUCCUAGCUACGCUCCGCCAACUGGCAUCGGACAUUGUGGUAUGUUAUCCUUGUUACUUUAUGAGAAAUUCAUCAAAACAUGGGCUCCUAUUCUUUUAUGAUAGAAAAGAAGUUGAAAGCAGGCUACAAGGAUGUAAUUUAAAAAUGAUUACAGAAUGUUCGGCCAACUCGAAGAACAAGUGCCCACCAGGCCAACCUGGCCCACCUGGAGAACCAGGACCAAAUGGGUAUCCAGGAAAACCUGGAAUUCCAGGAUUGGAUGGACAAGAUGCUUCAGAUAGACAAGACAUGCCACCACAAGGAUGCUAUAAUUGUCCCGCUGGCCCACCAGGAGCGCCUGGAUCAGAUGGACGUCCAGGUAAAUCAGUUAUUAAUUUUUAAAAAACUAGUUUGGUCUAAAAAACCUAAAAAUAAAUUUUUAAAUUUACUGUUUUAUGUGUUUUGUUGACUAAACUCGUAAAACAUUUUUAAAAAAUCUAAAAUUUUUGUGAAUUAGCAUCUUUUCUUUUAGGUCGUCGCGGCCCUCGAGGACCGCGUGGUACGCCUGGACUACCCGGAGCACCAGGUGAACAAGGUCAUCCAGGAGAUUCUGGAGACUUGGGACAAUCAGGAAAAGACGGAGAAAGAGGACCAAAGGGAGUUGACGGUGAGAAUGGCAUCAGAAUGAUCGCCAUAAAAGGAAAACGUGUAAGUCAGGCUAAAAUACGAGUUUUGUUUAUAAUUUGUUAAAAGACCACAUACAAGAUGCUUGUGUUUCCUAUUAUCUAAUACCGUACAAGAUUUCUAACUUUCAGGGCGUGUCUGGACCACCAGGACCACAAGGUGAAGCUGGUGGCAGAGGGAAGACUGGACCAGUUGGAACUCCAGGAGUAGCUGGAGUACGUGGAAUGGCUGGAGAGAAUGGUGUAGCGGGUGAAGAUGGUACUCCUGGUGCACCAGGAAAGCCGGGUCAGCCGGGAGCUGACGCUAACGUAUGUUUUUAUAAUAAUACUAUGAAAGCAAUCUAUUUUAAUAUAAUUAUAAUAUAAACAUUACUUGUACUGCAACAUAAUAUAAAUCUGAUUUUAGUACUGCCCAUGCCCAGAAAAGAGCCAAGGAUACCGUCAUCGACUAGUUUAA